UGCCGUGCGUAAAAGACGCAGCCCAAUCCAAUGGCAGCCUUGGAGGGGUGUUUAUGGGCUGAGCCGUCACUAGGUGGAGUUUAACUUGAGUAUAAAUGCACUCUUUCUGAAUCUGUAACUUUCCCGAAGCCACAGAAAGACUAACUUUUCCCCUCCGGACGCCUCUUGACAAACGCCAGCUCUCUCACCAUGUCUUUCAUCCAAGCCUUCUUGCAGCAAACGGUCUAUCUGGGGAUGCCAGAUGAGUCACUCUUAAAGAACGAGGGAACGGUGACUGCAGCUCCCAAUUUCAGCCCUAGUGGAGAUGCAGCAGUCCUGGAGAAGGCCAUCAAGGCUAAAGGUGUGGAUGAGAACACCAUCAUUGAAAUUUUGGUCAAAAGAAGCAAUGAGCAGAGACAGCAAAUCAAAGAGGCUUACCAGCAGGCCAGUGGCAAGCCUCUGGAUUCAGCACUGAAAAGUGCUCUUAAAGGAGACCUGGAGGAUGUGGUGCUGGCUCUGCUGAGAACACCUCCCCAAUACGACGCCCAGCAGCUGAAACUGGCCAUGAAGGGUCUUGGAACAGAUGAGGAUACUCUGAUAGAGAUUCUGGCUUCCAGAAACAACAGACAGAUCCUGGACAUAAAGAAGGCCUACAAGGACGAAUACAAGAAGGAGCUGGAGGAGGACAUCAGAUCUGACACCAGUGGUGAAUUCAGGACUGCCCUACUCACACUCUGCAAGGCCAGCAGGACAGAGGGAGUCAGUGAGCAGCUGAUUGACAGUGAUGCCAGGGCUCUGUACGAGGCUGGGGAGGGGAGAAAGGGCAAAGAUUGCUCUGUCUUCAUCGAUAUCCUGACCACCAGGAGCUCUAUUCAUCUCCGCAAAGUAUUUGAAAGGUACUCAAAGUACAGUAAAGUGGAUGUGGCCAAAGCUAUCGACCUGGAGAUGAAGGGAGAUAUUGAAAGUUGUCUGACAGCAGUAGUGAAGUGUGCUGGAAGCAGGCCGGCCUUUUUCGCAGAGAAGCUCUACUUGGCCAUGAAGGGCAAGGGCACUCGGAAACAUAUCCUGACUCGCAUCAUGGUCAGUCGCUCUGAGAUUGAUAUGAAACGGAUCAAGGAUGAGUACAAGAAAAACUACGGGAAAACACUCUACCAAGAAAUCCUGGAUGACACAAAAGGAGACUAUGAGAAGAUCCUGCUUGCUCUCUGUGGUGGUGAGAACUAAAAACAUGCCACUGAGAUCAAAGUUCAAAAAGCCCAUGACUGUCAGAGAUGUGGUGACUUGACCUCUAUCUCUUGUCCCAACUUGUGCCUCGUGCACUCGAGGAGAUCUGGCAAGUCCUCUGUCUUUGUGACGGUCAUGUCAUUUAGCAAGCUUCACAUGGAGUUAGUGCUGCUUCAAUGUACAAGUUCUUUACAGGCAAUUCUGUUUGUAUGCCAAAGGAAUUCAGUAAAUAUCUGACCACAUGUAUGUCACUGCAC